CAGCCUCCGAUUCGAGCAGCCUCCGUGACAAGCUACAAGGAGGCGAGGGGAAAUCAAGCAUCGGCUAUGGCGCCUACGAAGCCGGGGCCGAGCCCGCUCCCGCCACUGCUGCUCGCGGGGCUCCUUCUGGCAGUCCUGACGGGAAACGCGCGGUGUCUUCACGGCGACGAGGACCAGAACCAGGACACCGAAUGCAAGACGAAGAGCGUCACCGUCUCGGCGCUGCCCUUUUUAAGGGAAAACGACUUGAGCAUCAUGCACAGCCCGUCGGCCUCCGAGCCCAAGCUUCUCUUCUCGGUUCGAAACGAUUUCCCGGGAGACGUCGUGGUGGUGGACGACUUAGAAAACACCGAGCUUCCAUUUUUCGUCCUCGAGAUUUCCGGGAACUCGGAGGACAUCCCUUUGGUGCGAUGGAGGCAGCAGUGGCUGGAGAACGGUACUUUGCUCUUUCACAUUCACCACCAGGAUGGCAGCCUAAGCCUCCCUGAACCAACUGAAGAUCCAGCCAACACUUCUGCCAAGGAGGAGCUCCGCAUCCUGCAUAUCUCAGUCAUGGGUGGGAUGAUUGCCCUUCUGCUGUCCAUCCUGUGUCUGGUCCUCAUCCUCUACACCCGCCGACGCUGGUGCAAACGCCGCCGGAUCCCCCAGCCUCAGAAGAGCGCCAGCGCCGAGGCGGCCAAUGAGAUCCAUUACAUCCCCUCGGUGCUGAUGGGAGGCCAGGCCCGAGAGAGCUUGAGGAACUCCCGGGGCCAGGGGCCAAACUCCAGCGGGACCCUCAGCAUCCGAGAGACUCCAAUUCUGGAUGGGUACGAGUAUGACAUCACGGACCUGCGUCACCAUCUGCAGCGAGAGUGCAUGAAUGGAGGUGAGGAAUUUGCAAGUCAAGUCGGCCGCACCCUGGAUUCCCUGCAGGGCUGCAAUGACAAGAAUAAUAUGGACCUGACUCCGGUGAGUGAAAACAAGCUGGCCCUAAUGAACAAAUAUAAAGACAAUAUCAUUGCCACCAGUCCAAUCGACAGUAACCACCAGCAGAACACCUUGCUUCCACACAACACCUCAACCAGCCAGCGCAAACGUCUCUCCAGCAACAAUCGCACUGGUUCAAAUUUCUUGAACCCAGAUGGAGACUCUGGCACUGAGGCUGACAGCGAGCCUCAGCUGGCUUUUUACACUGACCCAAACCGCAGUCGACGCCGGAGUCGAGGUAUGAGAAAUGGUAACGCCAACAGCGCGUGGGGCUCAGGGGCAGGUUCCCCGAGGAGCCCCGUCAAUAAGACCACACUGACUCUCAUCAGUGUCAUCAGCUGCGUGAUGAGCCUGGUAUACUGCUCUCACAUUUCCUGCAGCCUCUCAGUGCGUGUCAUCCUCCAUGUGCCGGAGCACCUGAUUGCUGACGGGUCACGGUUUAUUUUGCUGCAGGGAAGUCAAUUGGACGCCUCCGACUGGCUGAACCCGGCGCAGAUCUUGCUGUACUACCAGCAGAACGCCAGUGGGCCGUGGGUGAAUGAACUGUGUGGGCGACGCCUGCUGGACCCAUGUGAGCACCAGUGUGAUCAAGAAACAGGGGAAUGCAUUUGCCUUAAUGGCUACAUGAAGGACCCAGUCCACAAGCACCUCUGCAUCCGUAGUGAGUGGGGGCCCAAUCAGGGGCCUUGGCCUUACACCAUCUUCCAGCGUGGUUUUGAUCUUGUGAUGGGAGAACAACCCUCUGAUCGCAUUUUCAGAUUCACGUACACCUUAGGAGAAGGGAUGUGGCUGCCGUUGAGUAAAAGCUUUGUCAUCCCACCCGCCGAGCUCGCCAUCAACCCCUCUGCUAAAUGCAAGACUGACAUGACGGUCAUGGAGGACGCUGUCGAUGUGAGGGAAGAAUUGAUGAUCAGCUCGUCCUUUGACUCUUUGGAGGUUCUCCUCGACUCAUUUGGACCCGUCAGAGACUGCAGCAAAGACAACGGAGGCUGCAGCCGCAAUUUCCGCUGCAUCUCUGACAGAAAACUAGACUCCAGCGGAUGCGUGUGCCCCCCAGGGUUGAGUCCGAUGAAGGAUGGGAGUGGUUGCUAUGACCACCACAUUGGCAUCGAUUGCUCUGACGGGUUCAAUGGCGGUUGUGAGCAACUGUGUCUCCAGCAACUGGCGCCUCUGGAAGAUGAUCCAACUCUUUAUAACAUUCAGAUGUUCUGUGGCUGUAUUGAAGACUACAAGCGGGGGCCAGAUGGGAGAGCAUGCCUGCCAUUAUCUGAUGCCUGCUCAGACGCGAUAGAAUGUGGGGAAGCUACAGACAUUCCAGCGAACCAGACUGUGUUUGGAGACCUUUUUUAUGGCUACAACAAUCACACCAAAGAGAGCACCUCUGGACAAAUCCUCAAGGCCACGUUCAGACAAAAAAACUUUGCUCGAGGUAUUGAGCAGCAGCUUCCAGAUGGCAUGGUGGUGGCAUCUGUGCCAACAGAAGUUCAGUGUCACGAGCAACUUUUAGACCCUGCGCCCGACCCAGAAUACCUCACAGGCAUGGUGAACUACAGCGAAGUGUCGGGCUACCCGCUUGUGCAACGGUGGAGUCUUCGCUCGGUGCUCUACCACGUCAAACUCAACCAGUGGGUCUUAUCUCAAGCCUUCAGCUCAGCCAUCCAUUCGCUGGACGGGGCGACGCAGCGAGGCGACUUUGUGUCCAUCCUCAAGGAAUUUGGGAACCAUUAUGUCCAGGAGGCCAUGUACGGCUUCCAAGAGUCCUGCACCAUUUGGUACCCCAACAAACAGGUUCAGAGACAACUGUGGCUCGAGUACCAGGACAUCAGCAAAGGUAACUCGCCUUCCGAGGAAUCCGAAGAGCAUGACAAGGAGCCUCGGACGUUGACCUACCCCGCCUACAUUGCCAGCUUGUUGGACGCGGGAGCCAAGCGGAUGGCAGCCGGCGUCCGGAUGGAUUGCACCAGCCAGGGCCAGUGCCCUCGCUCCUGCCAUCUCUGCCAUAUGAGCCCAAGGGCAGCUCAAGGGCGACAGCAGUCCGAGCCCGUCCUCUUGCAAAUCACCAAGGCGGCCCCCGUCUAUGAAUUGGUGUCCAAUAACGAGACGUACCAGGCCCUUCAAGAGGCAAUGAUGAGCACGCUGUGGUGCUCAGGGAGCGGCGACGUGAUUGACGACUGGUGUCGGUGUGAUUCCAGUGCCUUUGGCGCCGACGGACUCCCGACAUGUGCGCCUCUGCCACAACCGAUGCUGAAACUGUCUUUCACUCAUGAGCCGAGUAGCUCCUUGCUCAUCAUGGAAUGGAACCACACGGAGCCGCCCAUCGGUGUGCGGAUCAUUGAUUACCUCAUCAGCCAGGAGAAGGUGACCGAGAGGACUGACCACUCCAAAGUUGAGACAGAAAUGCUUCUGAGCUUCGUGGAUGAUGUCUUGUCUGGCGCCAGGUCCCCAUGUGUGAUGUUAGGGGACAUUCCAAACCUGUUGUCCUCCUCUGUCAGCAUGAUCGUCCGCUGUCUGGAGCCUGACACCACGUAUAUGUUCCGGCUUUGGGCAGUGGACAACACCGGGCGUCGUUCCAGUCCAAGUGAGGUGACGAUUAAAACGCCCUGCCCGACUGUGGAUGACGUCAAAGCUCAAGAAAUCGCCGAUAAAAUCUACAACCUGUUUAACGGCUACACGAGUGGCAAGGAGCAGCAGACGGCGUAUAAUACUCUGAUGGACCUGGGCGCCCCGGCGCUGCAUCGAGUUCUCUACCACUACAACCAGCGCUAUGAGAGCUUCGGGGAGUUUACCUGGAGGUGUGAGGACGAGCUUGGACCCAGGAAAGCCGGUCUGAUCCUCUCCCAGUUAAAUGAAGUGUCGCCGUGGUGCAAAGGCCUUCUCCGGGAGCCCAAGAUCGGCCUUCGCCGGAUGUCUCUCAAGUUCCUGUCCUGUCGCUACACGGACGCCGGGGCCAUUGGAAUGAAUUGGGCAGACGUGGGCCAGGACGUUCACAAGGCAUGUGAUGAGCAGGUGCUCACCGUCUUGUAUAAUGACUACGGUGAGCCCAAGGAGAUCUAAUUGUCGCCGACCCGACCCGACCCGCGGUAUCAAGUCCGGCCAGAUCGAACAAAAAGGUGGUUUUACAUCCAUUCAAGUGUGCGCAUUUCAAAACAUCAAAGCGGGCUCUUUCUUGACCCCAUCAUCAACCGUCUUCGACGUCAUAUCACCAAUUGGAGCCUUGCCACUUCAUUGCUCAUCACUUUUUUUUUUUUUUAAUAGAGAAAGAUGUGUGUGUGUGU